AUGACAGCAGCAAGCCAGUCUACGCGCAAGAUUGUCGUCGUCGGAGGCGGCAUCGUUGGUUCCAGCAUUGCUUACUAUCUCUCUCGCGCCCUGGCCAACUCGACCUCUCGAGCUGCUACCAAGAUCACCCUGAUCGAAGCGUCGGCUGCACCCGCUCCCGGGGCGUCAGGCAAGGCUGGUGGCUUUCUUGCCCUCGACUGGCAUGGUGGUGCGACGGCGAGCCUUGCGGAGCUGAGCUACAAGCUGCAUCGCCAACUCGCUGAUCAGGACGGCGGACACGACAAGUGGGGCUAUCGAGAAGUAGAGACUUGGCAAGUCAAUGUCGAUUCAAACCUCAAAGGCAAGCCCAAGAAUUCUGAGUCUGCCAUCAGGUGGCUCGAUCCGGAUAUUGUACGCUCCACGUCCAACAUGGGCGGUGGCGGCUCCACGGCUCAGGUUCAUCCUGGUCAGUUGACGCAACAUCUCGUUGACGAAUCGCUCAAAGCAGGCGUGCAGGUGCUUUUCAACUCUCGUGCUACCAGCUUGCACUUCAAGGACGGUCACACCGUGGACAAAAUCGAUAUCAAGGACACCAAGUCAGGGGACACCAAGACGAUCGACGUCGAUGACCUGGUGAUUGCCGCCGGGCCGUGGACCGGGUCGCUGGUCACACAGUUGUUCCCUCGCAACCUGCUUCCGGCGCAUCUCAAGUCGGCCUCUUCCAUCGAUGGAUCGCGAGCACACAGCGUAGUCAUCGAAUCGCACAAGCCCCUCUCGGCGGAUUGUCUCUUCACGGACAUGGCGUAUGGCCCAGCUGGUCGCAAAGCAGGUGCGCCGGAGCUCUAUUGCCGCCCAGACGGCACAGCAUACGUUUGCGGUGGCUCUGACGAUGUUCCUCUGCCCGAAACAGCGGAUGAGGUCGAAUUUGACGAAAAGAAGAUCGCUGCACUGAUCGAGCAGAGCAAGGUGCUCUCGCCCUCUUCUCUGGACCUUGACGGCGGAGCCAAGCUGCGUGCCAAGCAGGCUUGCUACUUGCCCAUCAGCAACAGGACGGGCAAUCCGAUCAUUGGUGGCAGGGAUGGCGUCUACGUUGCUGCGGGCCAUUCGUGUUGGGGCAUCACCAACUCGUUGGGAACGGGCAAGGUGCUCUCGGAGCUGAUCCUCGAUGGCAAAGUCACGAGUGCCAACAUCCGAAGCUUGAUGCCCUGA